ACAAGAGCUGUUUACGUUUACAGUGCCCAUGUCGAAUCAGACACCUAGGUCUUCUUCACUUUCUGAUUCGGAGGAGGAUUCUCCCAACAGUAUUUUAAGUCCAAUAUCUCCUUUCAUAGAUCCGGAUUUGGAAACUCCAAAACCUCCUAAAACGAAACCUUUGGGUAAACAUUUGACAGAAAAUCGUAAUGUCAUUAAUCAAGACGAGUUUUCUACUCCCACUUCGUAUCCUGAAAAAGGAAGAAGGGUUUUGAGCGAAGGAGAAGCUCCCCUUCAGAGUGAGUCUGAAGAAACUCACCAAUUAACCCCUCGAAGCCCAGGCUCUACUUCCAGUACGAGCUGGAUGCUCACAAGAGGAGGAUUAUUUGACAGUCCUAUCUAUGAUUUAAAGUCUGUCACUCAAAAUUCCAAUUUGAUUGCCGAUCUAAGGGCUGUUCGUUCAAAACUAGCAACCUUGGAGCAUGAAAAUGGACUUCUUUCAAUGCAACUAAUGUCAAAACCAAACCGCGAAGGUUGGGAAAAGGGCCCUUCUGACAUAGAUGCCUUAUCUUCUAGCGAAGAUUAUCAUUUUUUUCAAAAGAAAGUUUCAGAACUGGAAUCAACCUUAUCAUCUAAACAAUCUGAAGCUUAUGAAUUAUCAAGACAGCUCUUGAGCGCCACAGAAAAACUUGAUCAAAAGGAAAAGGAUUAUGAGACUGUUAUUCAAGAUUUGAAGUCAAUGAAGGAUAAGAUGGAUCAGGACCGAGUCUCAAACACUGACCUUCGUGCUGAGCAAGAAAGGUUGCAAAAACUUCUAGUCAGUUCGAAUAAUACCAUUGGCUCCUUGAGACAGUCUGAAUCUAGCUUGCGUAACCAGUGUAAAGACUUAGAAGAAAAGAUGACAGCAUUGGUCGACUCGAAUACCAACGAACCUGAAAUUAAAGAAUAUGAAGAAAGGCUGCAAAUUCUCUCCGAUCAACUCGAAUCAAAGGAACGUAUCAUUGAAAAUUUGAACGAAAACGUUCAAUCAUUGCAAAAUACUUCCUCGGACAGCUCUGAACUUCUUGAGAAAAAUAGAAAACUAGAAAAGAUUCUCCGUAGUUCUAUUGCUAGUUUAAAAGAAUCGAAAGAAGAAAGUACGAGUAUGCAAAAAAAGAUUGAUGAGUUGGAAGGUCAUUCUAGCAAUUUGCAAUCUAAAUUGAAAACUCUGGAAGAUGAGACAGAUGAUUUUAAUUCCAUUAAAUGUCAUAUCCAAGCUAAUCUAGAGGAAUCUAACGCUGAGCUGUCCGACAAGACUGAGAACCUGAUUAAUUUAGAAAAGCAACUACAUGAACUUGAAGCUCAGAUUACGGAUAGUAAUGAUAAUCUCAGAUCGGUUACAUCUGAGCGUGAUCAACAUGCUUUAAAAAAUGAAGAUCUACAGCGUAAAAUUGCAGAUUUGCAAAAUUUGGUGACAUCCUCUUCUAAGUCUUUAGAAGAUAGUCAAAGUACUACAACUCAAAAAGAGCAAGAGUGUUUGACACUAAAAAUGCUACUUGAGGAAAAAGAACGCUUGAUAUCUGAAUCUCGGAACGAACUAGUGAGCACAAAUCAGUACGUUGUACAAUUGAAAGAUCAAGUCGCUAGUUAUGAGGAUAACAUCCAAAGCUUGACAUCAAAUUUGGACGAGAGGUGUGACGAUAUAAACAAGCUUACCGGUGAACUUAAAAUUUUGAGUACCUCUAGAGAUAAAGAACUGGCUGAAAGGGAACACGCUCAAAAAACUGUUGGAGAUGUCCAAGAGUUAUGUAAGGCAUUCCAAGAAAGAUUAAAGGAAUCAACUUUAAAUUUACGGAAUAUGGAAAAGCAGUUGGAAGAGUCUCAGGCUUCAAAGGGGCACGAAGCUGCUGCUCUCGUGAAAGAACUUAAUGAAAUAAAGCCAACCCUAAACGAAAAAGAUACUUACAUAAAUCAACUUAAUGAACAAAUUGUCUUUUUAGAGAAAGAUUUUGCCGCUCUCCAAGUCAAGAAAGAAGAGCAAAGACAAAAUCAUGAUUAUCUAAAUUUAAGUUUCAUAGACUUGCAGAAGAAAUUUACUGGUUUAGAACAAGAAAAUCAUGAUAUGGAGAAUCAGAUUAAGACUCUUAAAGACUCCUUGUCAAAGCUAGAGAAGACUGAAAAUUCUCUCAAAAGACUUGAAGAGCAUAAUCGGAAUUUAAGUGAUCAACUAGAAUAUUAUAAGGAUCAAGCGGUGGAGAAAGAAAACAUCCGGGUUGCUUUAGAUGAUUUAAGAAAAUCAAAGGAUUAUCUUGAAAACGAGCUCAAUUCCUGCCAAAAAAUGUUUGACGAAUCUCAAACUGAAGUGUCUCACUUAAGAUCUGUGAAUGAGUCUCUUCAAACCAAACAUUCUACCUUUAAUUCCUCUUUUGAAAAAGUUUCGAGUGGGUUACAGACUGCCCUAGAAACGAGAGACGAAAGUUAUGAAGAAUGCUUGCGAUUGAAAGAAUGCUUGUCGUCUUUAACUAGCACAUACAAGGAACUUUCGGAUGACUAUUUAAUGUUGAAGGAGACGUAUGAAAAGUCCGAGGUCUUUAAUAAAAAUAUGAGAUUAACUUCAUCCGAGCUUUCUGAGGAGAGUAAGCAUCUCAAAUCUUCUCUUCAAAUCGUUUUGUCUUCCCUUUCGGAAACAAAACAAGAAAUGGGUUCAUUGAUGGAGGCUAGAAACAACCUUCAAAAUGAGCUAACUACUUUACGAAAUAGUCACGAAGACGUAAUUAAUCAACUUAAUUCUGAUCGAGAAAAGUAUAGCAAGACUGAUGGUUUAUAUGAGUCUCUAAAUCAGUCAGCUUUGGAAACAGAGAAAAGCUUGCGAGCUGAAAAAGAUGAUGUUACUGAAAAGGCUCGCAUAUUAGAAGAAGAAAAAGAAGUCUUAAUUAAAGAAAAAGCUGAUUUGAAUCAAAGAAUUAGUUUAUUAACAGACGAAAUUCAAGAAAAAGUUAAGAAGUCCACUGACUUGGAUACUUUAUAUAACUCACAAGAAAAAGAGUUGAAGAUUUUAAAGAAUGAGUUAUCCGAAAAGUCUCAAAAGCUCGACCAAACUAUAGAAAUUGUGGAGCAUCUCAAAGAGAAGAAGUCUGCAAGCGACUUAGAUUUUGAACGUUUCGUAUCUCUCAACGAAAGCACGAAAGAAGAGUUAAAUGCUUUGAAAAUGAAUUUUGCAACCCUAGAACAGUCUCUGAAAGAUCAGAAUGCUGAAAAGGAAGGUUUAAGUCGAAAGCUCAUCGAUUCUCAGGAUAAUAUAUCUGUUUUAGAAAAAGAUAAGGAAAUUUUGUUAGUAGAAAAACUCGAACUGCAAAAUUCUAAAGACGAUAUUGAACAGGUUCUUGAGUCUAUCCAAGGGUCUUACGAUUCUUUAUCUGAAGAGCAUCGUUCACUUGUUGAUGAAUACGAAAGCUUGAAGGAUGCUUUUUCAAAAUUAAAGGAAUUAAAUCAAAAACUAAUUGAAAAAAUUAGUCAUGCUGAAGAUUUAACUAAACAGCAGGAAGAAAAUAGUAUUACUUUGGAUAAUAGACUCCUGUUUGUCACGAAUCAGUUAAGAGAGGCAGAAACUGUGAUAUCGCAGAAGUACGACGAUAUUUCUGGUUUAGAAAACGAAAAAGAUUUUCUCAACCGACAACUUUCUAGCGUUGAAGAAAAUGUUUCUUCACUUCGUGAGGUUAUUUGUCAAUGUGAAAGUAAUAAUAAUGAACUUUUAGCGAAGAUGGAUACCUUAGGAAAAGAAAAUGAUGAGCUGAACGGUUUGAGGAAGACGUUUUUUGAGGCAUAUAGUUCUUUAUUCAAUUCAAUAAAGGCUCUGUCUUUUGAGGAUAUUUCAUUGAAAGGUGAUGAAGCGUUACACCUGAAAGAUUCUUCAGAGAUAAUGGCGACAACUUCUAUGUACAUAAAAUCUCUUGACGAUUUAAAUAACAUGCUGCAGAAGAAAGAAUUAGAAUUACAGGGCAGUAAUCAGGAUGCUGACAAGCUCUCGAAAGAAUUGCAGACUGUCAAAUCAGAAUUAGAUGCACUUACACAGCAUUUCAGUAAUACCCAAGAAGAGUAUACUUCACGCGAAAACGGUUUAAUCACACAGUUAAGUGAACUGAACUUGAAAAUUGAUUCACAGCUGAAAACGGUUGAGGAUCAUUCUUUGGAAUUACAAAGAAAAGACGCUUUGAUUGAUAACUUAAAUAAAACAAUAAACAACUUUCAAAAAGAGAUGGAAGUUGUCAACGAGGAAGUUAUCACUGAGAAAGCUAAUACAGCAAAGAAACAGUCUUUCAUAAACGAGUUAACUGAAAAGGUUGAGCAUGUAACGAAAGAAAAGCAGUCGCUGUUAGAAGAGCUAAGUGUUAUGAAAACUUCCUUAAAAGAAACAAGCAAUGAGUUGUCUGUAAAGAAGACUGAGCUUAAGUCUGUCCAAAGUGACCUAUCAAAGAAAACUAAUAAAGCUGAGGAAAUAAGGAGUGAUUUGGCAACUGAAAAGAAUAAAAAUAAUGAGAAUAUAGUUUUGAUUGAGCGUUAUCAGGCUGAUUUGCGAAACUCUUCAGAUAUGAUAGAUCAGCAUUUAGCAACCAUUAAAUCUCUUGAAGAGGAUUUAAUCGAAAAUAAGGAAGAAUUUAAAGCUUCCUUACAGGAGUCCACCUCGUUAGUCCAGAAACUGGAAGCUGAGAAAGGAAAAUUAUUGAAAGAUUUGGAAUUAGAUCGCACUCUAAUAGCAGAGCAAAACGAGAAAAUCAAAUCUCUCCAAUGCUCCAAAGAUAAAUCUGAAACUGGAGUGAUCACAUUAGAAGGAGAACUUCAGAAAUUGAAGGAUAUCAACAAACAACACGUUCAAAAGUUACAAGAUACCGAAUCCCAGGUAAAUGCGCUGCAAGGUUUGUUAAACAGAAACAAUGAAGAGCUUUCUGUUAAAGAGCAGCAAAUUAAUGAAUUAGAGUCUGUUCAAGAUUCACUAACUUUUGUUCAAAAUGAACUUAAAGCAAAAUGCAGUACGCUUAGUUCGUUAGAAGACGUUUUAACUGGAACGCAAGCACAUAAUAUAGAAUUGGAGGGAGAAGUUAAACGAUCAAUGGAGAGGAUUAAAAGAAGAGAUGAUCGAUGUGACCAUUUGGCCACAAAAGUAAAGAAGCUACAUCAACAAUUGAGUCAACAACACGAUACGUUCUUCGAAGCUGAACAAAAACGCAUAGUACAGCUAACUACCCUAAAGGAUACCGUUAAAAAGCAAGAAAAGCACUUGAAAAAGCUUGUUCAGAAACAGGACGAAUUGGUUCCUAGAAGCACUAUAUUAGUUUAUGAAGCUUAUAUCAAGGAUAUUGAGAAAGAAAUUAUUAUUCUUCAAGAGCGCUUAAAUUCUCUCGAGUUAUCACAACAAGUACCAAAGGGAUUCUUUAACUUCUUUUCAGGAAAAACAAAUACUUUCGAACCCGAAGUUAUGGAAGUCUUUAAACAACAGCUUGGAAAGUUACAGAGCAUCGUCGGUCCUAAGUUUGCUGACAAGUUUAAAGAAGACUUGGAUCAUUGUAUAGUUGAUGAAAAGAAUCGUCAAGCUGCAUAUUUCGAUUAUGCGCAAAAGGUUGACCACUUAGCAGAGUGUCUUCAAGCUUUACAGCAUGCCCUAGACAAAGAAGUUAAUUUCAAGAAGUCAUUAGUAUUAUGGAAGACGGCUUGCUAUGAUGGAUUAAAGAAGCAUUAUCCUGAAGUACAGUUUGAAAAGUUGCUCAAUGGUUCCCAUGCAAACGAACAAGGUAAAAGGUUGUCUCUGCGGUCAGUUUUCCUCUGUGUCAUGUCUUUACAGCGCUUAAAGUCUUUGGGAGAAAAGUAUUCUUACUAUGGAAAGACUAUCAAAAGUAUUGCCUCUUAAGGCGCCAUUUUUUGGUUCUAACUAAUAAUUUCGCUCAACUUAUUUAUACUUUUUUAAUCAGUCAUAAAUAUCUACGAAAUUUUCUGAACGAACUGGUAGCAGUAGGACUUGUUCAAAUUAGCUUAUGUAUGUCUAUUUUAAAUUGAUGAUCUAAGUUGGAAGAGGUAGAUAAGUUUCACCAGAAGCUUCAAGGUUAUUAAAGUUCGCAGUCCAAUAGGCACGCCAGCGAAUGCGUAAAGCUUUCUGGUCACUAGCAAUAUUGGAAAUAUUCAUAGUUUCAUAGGCAGCGUUUUGCUUUUUCGGUGAUAUAAUAGUAUCUCCAACAAGAGGAAGCAUCUGAAGUUUCUGGGAUUUCAUAACAGCAACCUGAAAAACGACAUUAGAAACUGAAGAUGUAAGGGAGUUGUUGGAUAAAAAGACUGCAUAGGAUGCAGUGCCAGCCGCUGGAUUGUAAACAAUCAUGUUAGCUGAUAAUCGUAAGGAAUCAGAUUCCAAAAUGGAAAUAGCUCCAGCGGUAGACAAAUUCUUUGCAGUAUCAAUUUCAGAAAGUGAUUUAUUCGGACUGACGACAUUAGGAACAUCGGCAAAAACAGAGGCAUUAUUGGAAGAGAUAACAUUAUUAGGAACAUUCAAGGAAUCUUGACUAGAUUCGUCAAUUAAAUCAACCAAAGAAGAUUCAUUUCUUGUAGGAGC